AUGACUGACGUGUAUUUCAGUACCGAUGCCUAUUUCAACAGGAUGGUGGCCUUCUCUCUGUUUCAUGAGCCUUCCUUUGGCGACAAGAUUCAGACUAUAAAGAAUAGUCUUCAUCUCAAGGCAUUGAUGGCAUCGAUGUUUUCCAUCUCAGCACGCUUCAAUAUCGGCCCCGAUGGCGAGUCUUCGCUGACCUCGGCGAUGUCAAAUUGGCCAUCGCCUGCUCAUUUUCAUCACCUAGCAAAGGGCUUUGUAGAUCAGGCCCUCGAUGAAUAUGAUGAUGAGCCUCCUCCAAUAUGUGUCACGCAGGCCUUGGUGCUGUGCACUUUCUAUGAGCUGGCAAGGGGCGUCAGGGGCCAUGCGUGGCGGCUGCUCGGCACCUGUGUAAGGGUGGCUUAUGAGCAGCGGCUUCAUCUGAUUGACAGCAUGGCACCUGGUCCUACAAAGCCGCCAUCAACGCUGUCAGAGCUACUCAGUUGGUCUGAAAUGGAGGAGAGACGACGCGUUUGGUGGGUCAUUUGGCAAAUGGAUGCCUUCGCCUCAACAGUGCGCAAGUCGCCUGCCGCCAUCGAUCAGGCAAUCAACGAGACUUACCUCCCGGUGUCCGACGACGCUUGGUUCCAAAUCAAAUACCAAUCAAGCUGCUUUCUCGAUCCUAUACCAACUGAACGAUCGAAAAAGUUGUUGAAGUCUGGUAACAACAGCGAUAUGGCUUGGUUCGUUGUCGUUAACUCCAUUAUGCGAGAUGCUCAGGUGCUGGCUCGAGGAAACAUAAAUGGCGCCCUCUCAGAUUUGAUGCCCGGGGAUGAUGCGGGCUUUCAUUCCCUCAAAUACUACUUUCAUGGCCACUUCAGAAAGGCUCAGUCCUCUGAAGAUGGUCGGCAACUCUCUGUACUGAUAAGAGCUCUCCAACAGACAGUUGCGGCGCUGCCAGGACGACUGAGCUAUCAGGGAGGCUACCUUACCUUCGGAGAUGUGCCGUACGCAGACAACCCCGCGCAGCCCAGAUCCGAACCGCGGGAGGAUUCAGCGCAGCACGCUGUCUUCCUAAUGUCGCAGUUAGCAAGAUUCAUGAUAUAUCACCAUCUUGCUUUUGUUGAGAUACUUUUGGGUACUAUUUUCUCCGAAUCCGGCGGCUCCCCGUCUUUUGGAUGGUCUGCUACACCAAGGAGCGAGCGGGAGAGGCUAUCGAACUCCGAGGGGCUCAGAAACUGCCUCGAAGCCUCCGACAACAUAUACGCGGUCAUCAGCAGAUCUUCAGAAACGCAUGUAGAGUGGACCAACCCAUUCCUCGCUAGUACGGUGUGGCUCGCGGCAUCUCUGCAGAUACUCCGCAAGGUCUUCGCCCCGGCGACGUGCGGUGACCUCUCUGAACAGGAGUCUAAGAUUGACGUACUCCGUGGUGUGUGCCAAAGAUACACGGACUUUUGGGACACGCCGCGUAGCCUCCUGCAGAACCUGGAUACGUUAGAGGACCGACUUUUAAAGAAAAAGACGGAAAUGGCUGCCAUGGAAGCACAAAGUGUAUCGUGCUUUGAAUCGCGAAACACGGGACAACGGAGCUUUCCUGCAGCGGCGGAUGUCAGCGGACGAAAUCAUGUGGAAAACUUCCAAUUUGCAAGAGGAACGGGGCCUGAAAGCAACAACCCGCUUGCCCAGAGUCCGGUGGAGCCGCAGCCCGUGGACCGGGGUCACGGCGGAGGCCUGUCACUUUCACCGUAUACCUCGAUGAGCCGCGAAGAUUGGAUCGAUAGCCGGAGGGAUAUCUUGGAUAAUAUGGAAGCAGCAAACUACCCCACUGGAAACUUGGAGAUGCCAUACUUUAGUCCUUCGGAGGGAUUCGCUGGGUUUCCCGAGUCUGAUCAGGAGCUAAGUCUGUUCAUAUCUACGUUGGUAGGCUAG